AAUGAAUGUGUGGCUGAGUGAAUGAAUGGGCAGUGCACGGUGGGGAUUUGGUUAUAGUGGUGGUAGUGGUGGUGAUGCUGUUGUUAUUGUUGUUGAUGGUGGUGGUUGUGGUAGUGGUGUUCCUGCUUCUUCUGUUGCUGUUAAUGAUGAUAGUUGUGAUGGUGGUGGUGAUGGUGGUGAAAAAUGGUGACUAAUGUACUUAAUGUGCCUACCUAAUGAUUGAUGACUAUAAUCGUAGCUUCUUCUCAUUCUCUUCCUUCUCACACCUCCCAUAACCAUUGUCCCCUGUGUCGCCUUGACGUUCUCCUGGUGUGGGAAGGGGCAGGGGGGGUUGAAUGUUUGUCCUGGUGAGGAGGGGGCAGCGUCUCGUGGCCUUGGUGUUCACUGCAGAACAUAUAGCAGCAGGGGAUGUUUGCUGCUCCCUAGAGCCUAGACAGCUGCAGUCCCGCCUCUGCCCGGCUCAGCUGCUCCCACUGAACCCACUUGGCGUCCGUGGCUGAUCUACCGCCCCUGUCUCUUCCCACGGUUGAUCUAAUGAUCCUUCUCUUUUUCUGGGUUGCCGCUGCCCCUUCCCUUCCCUUCAGCAGAACGACAACCUGUGAGACGCCUGGCUUCGCUGCUGCUGCUGCUGCUCCUGCUCUCAAGUUUACUGAGAUCCAACAAGCAAGUCUGCAUGGGCCCUCCCUGUCACCACUUUCUCUUCAAGGACACCAGCAACACAUACUUCCCGUAAUCGGAAGCUACACGAUGCCUCUCAUUAACGUGGGUCCAGAGCCUGCCCGAGUGACGGUGUCACCUUUCCCACCCCACAUUCCCCGUGCCCUAAACACACACUUCAACACUCACACUUCUCAAGUAACACCUCGUAAGUGACGUCGGCUUGUAAGAAUCGACGUUCACUCGUGUGCCCAAUAAGUAUAUAAACAUUGUUUUUGUGGCCGCUGGUCCUGUGUUUGCGUCAGGCGGGUGGUUGUCUUGGCAUGAGUGGCGCAGUGUCGGAACUCUUGUGGCGGCAUGUCCCCGCGUUGCACCAGUGUUUAUUCCUUUUUUGCUGCUGCUACCGCGUCGAGAGAGAGAGAGAGAGAGAGAGAGAAUGUAAUAACUUUGAAUAUAAGUCUGAAUGUUGUUAGCAAUUCACUGUUGCAACGUUUUUAACCUCAGAUUUAAGUGAUACUCUUUCAAAACAUAAGAAGUGACGUGUGGAGAUGUCCACUCUCUUCCUCACCUUUAUGUGACUGAACAAAAAGACACGAUGACAUGUCGGAUGCAUCGCCAUAUCUUUCUAAUACUUUUCUUGUUGAGCAAAUUGAAAGUAUUGAACCAUUGUCUUCCCUUUAAUAUAUAUAGUCUACUCAGUGGUACUGAAGAAAAAUAAACAAUGAGUGUUCAACCUU